ACGCGUUGUCUACCCUUAGUUGAACAGCUGAGAACAUGUGGAUGCACGUAGCUUUGUGAUUUAUGGAAAUCGUUUAAAGAUGGACGUGUUUAUAUUUCUCAUUCUUGUUCCUGUGUGUAUUCUGACAUUUCUUCUGUAUAGAAUAUAUUUUGUAAAAGUAAAUGGAACACACAAUCCAUUAAAUACAGGCAAAAGAAAAGUUCCAGCUUCCUUGAUGGUAGUGGUAGGUUCAGGAGGUCACACGAGGGAAGUCCUGUGUCUGGUGCGACAGCUGGGGAGCCACUACUCGCCCAGGUACUACGUUAUUGCAGACACCGACAAGAUGAGUGAACAUAAAGUCCAUGCCUUGGAAGAGAGUCGGAAAGAAGAGCAGGAACAGUCUCAGUAUUUUGUGAUAAGAAUUCCACGGAGUCGUCAGGUGAAACAGUCAUGGGUGAGCACAGUGCUGUCGACUCUGUACGCUGCCAUCUACACCUUUCCCGUUGUCUUCCGACGGAAACCAGAAAUAAUCUUGUGUAAUGGCCCUGGAACAUGUAUUCCAGUUUGCCUGGCUGGACUUCUACUCAAGUGGCUCCACUUCCAGCGCACCAUGAUAGUAUAUGUGGAGAGUGUGUGUCGCGUCACGUCCCUGUCUCUGUCGGCCAAGAUACUCUAUCAUUUUGCAGACCACAUGUUUGUUCAAUGGCCGACUCUACAACAGCAGCAUCCCAAGUGUCAAUACAUUGGAAGAAUUGUAUAGUGCUCCUUCUCAUCACAACAUGCAUUUAUGUGAUAUGUUACAGAUAUUUUUGUGUUAAUAAACUUUUCUUUCGUUA